AUGGACGCAGACCGACUAGCGAUUGAGUACACAACGAGCUUUCCUGUGGAGGUUCCGACGGUACCUACUCUCGAUUCCGAAUGCACCUACCACGAUCAAGUGGCCACUGCAAACUACUUGCUUCGGGAUCGGCGGCGCAUCACAUACACCGUCUCUGUGCAGCACCCGUUGAACUCGACGACAUAUUACGACCGACUCUGUGAGAGCUAUGCCUCCAACAUGAUCACCGACUGCAGUCCGUGCGAGCACAAAUUGUGGGAGAGCGAGUGGGAGUCAAAGCUAGGGCGGGCGAGAGCAUUCUUAAUCAAAUUAAUCGAGAAGCGGAUGUAUGGAGUGGAGGACAUCACUACUCUAGUCAAGGAGCUUGAAGAGCAGUACUAUGUAGCUUCGUGGGAUGCACGUAACAUGCAGAUACCCUCACACGCUUUUAAGAAAAGCGUGGCGCGGACGGCUCGCUCGCCCCUGGCCCAGGAAGUGCGACCAGAAGACGUUGUCGAUCCUAAGAAGCAUUUGAAAGACUGGACGGAAAUGGAUGAGAAUGACUAUGAUGGCGACUACAUUGCGAGCACCGACCCAAUCCAUCCAGUCAAUACCGAUUACUCACAUCCUCUCGACGAUGAUGACGGAAGCUGGAUACUCAAUCACUUCUCGCCAGAAGAAAUGGAAUCUGCGGCCGGAGAUCUAGACUUCGACCAGAACGGAUGGAGUUGGGACAACAACGAUAACGUCAACGACAGCGACAAUGAGAAGGGCGGAGCGCCUAUGAUUGCUGGAUCUCAAGAAGAGAACACUACGUCACAGAUCGGCGACAACGAUCUCAUCGCAUGGGGGCCGGAAGCCUCGGCAUCCUCCAAGCUUUCGAAAAUCAGCAUGGAUGGUCUCAGUAUGGAACAAAAACAUGCAGAGGAGCAGAGAAAAAUCAUGAUCGACGCAUUCUGGGUUGUCGUUAAUGAGUCCAAGGAGCCACAAAGACAAUCAGACUCCAGGAUAGACGAUCUGAACGUGAUCCUUCGCAGCCUCAACAUAUCUCACGACACGCCAGCCCCCUCGACCCCUUCUUACAACAAACAACGCAAGUUUCUCAAGAAGCGGCUCCAAGAAGAUGCUAACAAACACAAGUACUACAGUGACUCGCUCCUUGUUUCGCGGUGGGAGGCGAGGGCGUUCGAAGGACCAGAGGGGAGGUUUAUUGCUGAACCCCAGAUGGUGAGGGCAGGUGGUGGUGGAGGAGGAGGAGGCAACGGGUGGUUUCAAUAA